AUGAUUUGCUUUGAGAAGGCCUCUAAUUUUAUCAAGCAUUCUGGUGAGGAAGACGAUACGGAAUUUGGUGUUGCAAUGAGCCCGAAAAAGCAGCCGACAGUUGUCCUCUCGAAUGGUGUUGAAAUGCCGAUGAUUGGAUUCGGUACCUGGCAGCUAAGCGGUGAGGCUGGAAAAGAUGCCAUUAAAACGGCCAUUCGAUCUGGAUAUCGACACAUCGAUACUGCUGCGAUUUAUGAAAACGAAGCCAUGAUCGGCGAGGCACUUAAGGCAUACAACCAUUUGGCGGCCAUCGAAAAUGCGCUGCAACUGCUUGGAACGCAUUACAUCGAUCUUUACCUGCUCCAUAUGCCACCUAUGAUGCACGAUGGAUUGACGAUCGAGGAUGUUUGGAGGGGCUUCGAACGGCUAUACGAUCUCGGGCUGACACGCGCGAUUGGCGUUUCCAAUUGCAGCUACGCCCAAAUGGAGAAGAUCCGUAAAAUUGCUCGCAUACCAAUUCAGAACUCGCAGAAUGAAUGCCACGUCUUCUUCCCAGCUCACGAUCUACAGGCCUACUGCCAACGCCACAACAUCGUUCUCACCAGUUUUGCGACGCUCGGAUCAACCCAUCGUGAUCAAUUCCCGGCGUUCAAAUGGGUCGAAGGUCACCCAUCACCCCUCAACAAUCAGUACGUGCGUGCUAUUGCGGAGAAACAUGGGAAAAGUCCGGCGCAGGUGCUGCUUCGUUACAUGUUAGAUCGUGGAAUCUGCGUGAUACCGAAGGCAGCUAGUCACCAUCGAAUUGCCGAGAAUAUCGAUAUUCUGGACUUUCAUCUAACCGCCGAUGAAAUCAAGAAGCUCGGUUCUCUCAAGGAACACAUUCGCUACUUCACCUUCUCCGAAUUCAAAGAUCACCCCGACUACCCAUUUGCCAACUGCUCUUCAGCCAAACGAUCUAUUGGCGUCAUCUAUGGACAU